CCGCAGUAAUCCCAUAAUAACAAACGCCGCUUCUGACAGCAAACUCUUGAUAUUGAAGACAGCUAAACGGAGUGAUUUUGUCCGUUUGUUGACUCCCCGAGUCCUUCUUGUGGUCCCUUUGCGAUGGUUAAUCGUCACAAACUGUAGUCAGUGGCAUCUUUUCCUUGCUUUUGGUCCCCACUCACCCAUCAGCAGCUGUCUCAAAAAGACUCGCCAUGCUGCGAGAGAGCUCCAAGGCGUGGAGCAACGGCUCCGAGGCCUACAGCAGCGACCCGGAGGAGGAUGAAGAGGAAGAGGAGGACAUGGUGUUUGGGGACAAUGACCCGGACGGCGUGGCAGACGAGAUGAUGGACCUUAGCGACCUCCCCACGGCGCUCUUUGCAUGUGGCGUCCAUGAGGCUGCGUUUGAAGAGGACGUGGACAGGGAGAGAUUCGAGGCGUUGUUUCGAAUCUACGACGACCAGGCCACCUUCCAGAUGUUCAAAAGCUUCCGAAGAGUCCGAAUCAACUUCAACACACCGGAGGCCGCCGCCCGCGCUCGCAUUGAACUCCACGAGUCCGAGUUUAACGGCAGGAAGCUCAAACUCUACUUUGCCCAGGUCCAGAACGGCACAGAAGACAUCGACAAGUCGUACCUGGCGCCUCCCCAGCCCGUCAAACAGUUUCUGAUCUCGCCGCCCGCCUCGCCGCCCGUGGGCUGGAGUCAGAGUGAGGACGCCACGCCGGUCAUCAACUACGACCUGCUGUGUGCGGUCGCCAAGCUGGGACCAGGCGAGAAGUAUGAGCUCCACGCCGGCACAGAGUCCACUCCCAGCGUGGUGGUCCACGUGUGCGAGAGCGAGACGGAGGACGAGGAGGCGGGGCGGCCGAAGCAGGAAAUCGUGCAGACCAGACGCCCGGACGGUCCCCCGAAGGUCUUCAACUAGAGACGGCGCCUCGACGCACACACACAGUGGCCCACGCUCGUUUUGGCCGCCUCUAUGACCUGCAACACAUCUCUCCUACUCUCUCUCUCUCUCUUUCUCUCUCUAUCUCUCUCUUUUGUCUUGCACUCACAGAGAGCGACGCCCCUCAUUUCAGCCUAAAAAAAACCAACAAUCAUUGAUCCAAAUGAGGCGUUUUUUGCCAAAUGAGGCGGCUUGGAAGGGAAUGAUGAGAUUCUAACACACACACACACACACACACGCAAACACACACACAGUCUUCACAUUCCUGUGGGCAGCGGGUGUUGGAGUGACUGUGCCCCCCCUUUACUGACCCGCCAAAGUCCUUGGUUUGCAGCAACAAGGGUGAGGGUCACCAACAGGGGGCGCCAUGGUGUUCACAUGUACGCUCUCGCUAGUGCUAGCUCGCUAACCGGUUAGCUCACACCUCAAUGCGAAUGGUGUUUUAUGCACAAUGUGUGUUUUUUUUUUGUUUUUUUUCACUCAUGUUCAUAUCAGGUCCUGUUUGCAUGUAUAUACAGUACACACACACACACACACUACUGCGUGAUACACUACUAACGGAAUAUACCCACACUGCACGGAGCGCCAUAUGUGACUAACAAGUUUCACUUUUUCUCCUUUUUUUCCUUUUUUUGCUUAACUACUAGAUGUGUGUUCUUAUUGUGUAUUUGAUACACUUUUUGCAUGCUUAAUUCUGAGCUGAGGUUGUUUUUUGUUUUUUUUUUGUUUUGUUUUGGGAAAUGCAUGAUGCUGACUCGUCAAAAAGCACAUUUACGGCUGAGGAGUUGUUUUCUUCCCGCUCCCCUAUAAUUUGAAUGUUACGACACCUCCAGUGCUGUAGCUAAGCUUUUGUUCUGACGGCUGCUCUUUUUUUUUUUUUUUAAUUUAAUUUUUUUUAUUAUUAUGGUUCUUGACGUCUAGCUUGUAAAUAUAACGCUCGUCUUUUGUCCGUUUGUGUCCUCGCUGUAGGAAAAGGGAGACUUUAAAGAUGCCUGAUGAGAUGUCGACCAAACAUUCUCACGUAUUUCCACAAACUGGAGGAUACCACUUUGACCAUUGUCACCUUUCCGUUUAUUUAAAGGCCUACUGAAACCCACUACUACCCACCACGCAGUCUGAUAGUUUAUAUAUCAAUGAUGAAAUAUUAACAUUGCAACACAUGCCAAUACGGCCUUUUUAGUUUACUAAAUUGCAAUUUUAAAUUUCCCGGGAGUUUCGCCUUGAAAACGUCGCGUAAUGAUGACGUGUACGCAAGACGUCACAGGUUUUUAGGAAGUAUGAGCGCUGCGCACACACACAGCUAAAGGUCGUCUGCUUUAACGGCAUAAUUACACAGUAUUUAUGACAUCUGUAUUGCUGAAUCUUUUGCAAUUUGUUCAAUUAAUAUUGGAGAAGUCAAAGUAGAAAGAUGGAGUUGGGAAGCUUUAGCCUUUAGCCACACAAACACACGGUGAUUCCUUGUUUAAAAUUCCUGGAGGUGAAACUUUCCUAUGGAUCAGAGCGUGGUCAAGCGAACAUGAAUCAAGACGGAAUGUCAACCAGCAGGUUUCGGUGAGAAAAUUGUGGUUAAAAAGUCGCUUCUUACCGGAGAAAAGCUGAGCUUGUGCCGUCGACUCCCCUGAGACAUUGGCGUCAAGACACCUGUGGAGACACACCUCCGACUAUCAGGUAAUAUUAAACUCACUAAAACACUAGCAACACAAUAGAAAUAUAUGGGAUUUCCCAGAAUUAUCCUAGUAAAUGUGUUUAAAAACAUCAGAAUCCGUCCCAAUGCAAUCGCGUUUUUUUUGUUUUUUUUUUCCUAGUCCGUCGCUAUCAAUAUCCUCAAAAAAAAAAAGGAUCUCCUUGCCUCAAAUUAAUGGGGAAAUUGUCGCUUUCUCGGUCCGAAAAGCACUUUCUGUUGGAGGCUCCCAUUAAAAUCAAUGUGAAUAUGUGAGGAGCCCCCACACUUGUGACGUCAUCGUCUGCGACUUCCGGUAGAGGCAGGGCUUUUCUCUUAACACCAGAAAGUUGCGAACUUUAUCGUGGAUGUUCUCUACUAAAUCCUUUCAGCAAAAAUAUGGCAAUAUCGCCAAAUGAUCAAGUAUGACACAUAGAACGGACCCGCUAUCCCCGUUUAAAUAAGAAAAUCUCAUUUCAGUAGGCCUUUAAGACGCUAUAACCAAUCCGUGUUGGUGAAAAUAGGCUGAAUAAAUAUCUAUUAGUAUUUCUGUGUUCAUACCAUUCAACAUUACUUUGUAUCGCUUUCAUGGGAGCCAAAAUGGCCCCCGCUUGAGAGAGCUCUUCAAUAGAUGCUUGUCAAGGUAACGUCACACAUCUCUGCGCCAUGUAUUUGUUUAUGUAGUACAACACGUAAAAAAAAAAUCAUAACCAAAAGUAAAGUGAGAGUAAUCAUCUGUUAGUAGCUGAGGUACUAAAACAUGCUAGUAUGCUAACAAAAGAGAAAGGCACUAGUUAGCCUGCUUGCUAACCAAGCUAAAAACCAACAAUACUACUACUACUACUAAUAUUAAUAAUAAUAAUAAUAGAGCUAAUAUUUCUUUCUGUGGGUGAGGUUUAUUGUUCACACACUUAACAAAAAGAGGUUUAUGCUACUCUCAACAAGAAGUUUUAAAAUUUGCACCACUUGUCCGUAAUAGGUAGCCAAACACGCUAAAGCGAACAAAGCUAUGGAGGUUGCUUCAUAGUUGCUGUAUUCAAGGUGGAAAUACAGUGAAUUAGUUCUAAUGACUGAAUGUCCUGAGUUACUAUUAACAUGCCAUUGUUGUAUCGAGCAGUGCUGUUGGAGUUGUACAAUAGUGGUAAUGGAACUCAACUAACAGCCAAAUUCAACUCUUUUUUUUUUUUUUUGCGUUAUUUCAUUGUAAAACACAAUCAGUAGCUAUUGCGCGCCACACAUUUAACGUCUACUUAUACAAUUUGGAACAUUCUUGUCACCAGGAACUGAGAAACUAUUGUUUAUUUUGGAAACACUCAGGUUUCACUGACUCACAGGUUGACAAUGAGUCAAGGUUUACUGAAUCAGGAAUACUUGACAAAGAAUCAAGUUGCGCUGGCUCACAGGUUGAGAAAGAAUCAAGUUUAUGUGACUCAUAGAUUGACAAAGGCUCAAGUUUCCCUGACUUACGGCCUUACAAAGAUCGGCGUUUUACUGACUCAUUACUAGACAAUCUCGAGUUUCACUGACUCAAAGGUUGACAAAGACUUAAGUUUUAAUGAUUUACAAAUUGACAAUCAAAUUUCAUUCAGUCACGGAUUUACAAGGACUCAAGUUUUAGUACUGAUCAAUAAAGACACAAGUUUCACUGACUCGCAAGUUGACAAAGACUGGAAUUUCACUGACUCAAAGGUUGACAAACACUUAAGAUUCACUGACUCAUGGAUUGGCAAAGACUUACGUUUUAAUGAUUUACAAAUUGACAAUCAAAUUUCAUUGACUCGUGGAUUUACAAAGACUCAAGUUUGAGUACCGAUCAACAAAGACUGGAAUUUCACUGACUCGCAAGUUGACAAAGACUGGAAUUUCACUGACUCACAGGUUGACAAAGACUCAAGUUGCUCUAAGUCAUUGUGACUUGACACAAACUCAUUUUUCACUGACUCGCGGGUUGACAAAGACUCGAGUUCCAGUGACUCGUGGGUUGAUAAAGACUUCAGUUUCACUGACUCACAGAUUGACAAAGACUAGAGUGUCACCGAGUCACGGGUUGACAAAGACUUGAGUUUCACUGAGCCAGGGGUUGACAACGACUGGAGUUCCAGUCACUCAUGGAUUGAUAAAGACUUUAGUUUCACUGACUCACAGAUUGACAAAGACUCGAGUGUCACUGAGUCACGGGUUGACAAAGACUCGAGUUUCACUGAGCCAGGGGUAGACAACGACUGGUGUUCCAGUGACUCAUGGAUUGAUAAAGACUUUAGUUUCACUGACUCACAGACUGACAAAAGACUUGAGUUUCACUGAACCAGGGGUUGACAAAGACUACUGUCACUGACUCACAAGUACUCGAAGACUCAAGUUUCACUGACCUCAACUUUCCCAUCAGUACUUGGGAAGAAGUUGUUUUGCGCCACCUGUUUGUUCACAUGUAAACAAAAAAAGUCUUAUAUUCGGGUCAAAGCAGUACAACCAUCUAAAGUAAAAUAUGAUUAAACUCACUUUUAUUUGCGUUAUUAUCCAUUAGUUUCUGUUAAAUGGCAUUACAUUGGCCAAUUAAUGCCCACUGAAAGUUUUGCGUGGUCCCAAGAACUAUUAAAAAUAACCCUGAAGCAUUUAAAGGUGGUAAAACUAUUUAUGUGAUUGCUGUCACUUUCUUUUUCUUUUUUUUACAAUGGCAAAGGACAAUGGCCCGUGAUCGAACAAACGAUGCAUAAAAGGGUCAUUAAUAAACACAAGAUGCAUGUGAGCACUUUAACUAUCAGUGUUUUGUGGUGGUCUCCUGUUUAUUUGUUGUCUUGUGUCCGUCUGGUGUCCCGUUACUCCCCACCCCAGCCUCGAUUUUGUUGGUUUUUGCGUAACAAAAUCGUCAUUGCUUUUUAUCAUGGUCUCAUUGUCAUGAGCGAAGUCGGAUCACCGUUUGUAUCGGCGCCACAUUCAACUUGAACAGUACAUGAAAACAAAACGGGAAGUGGGUUGGCGGGAACUCCCUUCAGGGCCGGCGUGGUGACUUUUUGUAUAUUUUUGUACAUAAUAUGCCAAGUUUUUAUGUUGCUGAGGCUCGGUCCCAGUAGUGUGUGGCUUCUCUUGUUGUCAUGGAGACAAGUCAUUUCUGCGCCUACUAAAACAAACAAAAAAUAAGAUGCUGUUUGUCAUUUUUGGUUUCAUAUUUUCUUUGUGACUACUAUGUCUUGUAUUGUAGGAAAUGCAGAAAACAAGAGUAGCAAAACAAGCAAUAAUUUACAGUUCUAUGAUACCGGUAUGUGUAAUGUCAUGUUCUGUACAUCUUUCUCAGAGAUCGCUGUCUCUAUCUUACAGUAUCUGCUUCUAUUUGUGUAGUAUGAUAGUCCUUUGUUUCACAAAAAAAAACGACAUAAAGACUUAUUCUUAAAA